UCGUGUUGUCAGAUUUUUCUCCAAAAUUCCCUCCUAAAACAUGCCUGAAAUCGGCUCUUUCCUCUAACAUUUGAUUUAGUUUUCUGUCAGUCAUGGGUGCAUUGUUAGAAGAACAUGAAAAAGGUGGAGAUGGAGAAAAUAGCAGUGAUUCUGAAAACACCGACCACGGUAGUGGUCACACAAGCAAGGAGGCCCUGCAGAUCCUACAUGAUGAGCUAUUGGAUGAAAUUGACAGAUAUGAAUAUCAACAUAAAAGACUUCCUCUCGCUGACAAGUUCCUGCAGUCUGACUUCCACCACAAGUGUGUGAAAUCCUUGUUCCAUUGGACGGAUUGUCUGGUUAUGACAGUGACUGCCCUUCUCUUAUUCAUAGCAUUUGGAGUUAUAGAGGAGAACAAUAGACAUAUCUGGUUGUUAUUUGAAGGCCUGAUUAUCUUGAUUCUGUUUGUCACCAAUAUCUACGUCACAGCCUGGAAUGCCAAGCUGAAGAGGAAAGAAAUCGUAGUCAAGACAAGAAAAAACAUUUCUGAGAUUGGAAAAUGCAUCAAGCACAACAUUUGGUAUCCUAGUCACUACCUAAAUUUGAACUCGCCUCUCUCUCCCUGUGUGAGUGUGCAGUGGACAUUCAGGGACAACGAACUCGUCAAUUUGCCAUGUAACUUCCUCGUGAAAGGAGAUCUCAUUUUGCUACGACCAGGCCAAGAAGUGCUCAUUCACUGCCAGUCUUGGGAUAAAGAUGCAGAAGGCUAUGCCAUUGAGGAAUACUCCCCUGGUGAUAUCUACCUGCCCAAGAUGGAUCGUGAUACUAGUGCUCAAUUCAAUUGUCCAAAAGGACGACGGCCUUAUGAACCUAAGCCGUUUGUGAUUACAGCGACCCCGUUUCUUACUAGUCUCAGGAGAAUCCUGGAGGAUAGUCUUAAACGCCCCAACAGUGCUAUACACAAUCUUAUAUACCAAGCUAGAACAUUCUUCGUUCAAAUCCGUGCUCUGCCAAUCUUUCUGGCUAUUUCAUUUAUUGUGAAUUUGGUUCGAUACAUUUACUUAAAGGAUCAUGUUGGUGAGUGGCCGGAGACGUUGCUUGUUCUUCAGGUGCAUACUGUACUGCCGUUGGUACCUCUUGUUUUCCCUCUCUUCUAUCUGCUUGUGAACAACUAUGGUGCUGCUAGAGUUGAAUGUAUAUUUAAGAGGGCCUUGAAGAGUAGAAAGCCUUUGAUCAAUGUCUGUGAAGAUGCCAGUAGCAUAUCAGAAGAUGACGCCAGAGAGGACCUCGAAUGGAGCGAAGUGUUUAAAAGUUUCAAGCUUCUCCUGUUUGGGCAUUCAGACAUUCUGCAUCGGACCACUGAUCUAGUUCAUGUCCUUGGUAGCGUGACAUCAAUGUGCUGCGUUGACAAGAAGGGCAUCCUAUCGUGGCCGAUUCCUGUCGCCGAGAAAGUCUUCUUCCUGACGAGUAAGAAGGUAAAGAAGAAGGAUAAAGAUGUGUCGGAGGACAAGAGUUCAGGAGUGGAGGAGUGGGAGGAGGAGGAGCCGGGAUUCAGGAUUGGAGAGGAGGACACAGAUGAGGAGGACUUUGAACUGCCGAAGCAUGCCUACAUGCAGGAAGGGACAGUCGAGGUCCUGGAUGUGACCCAUGAUCCACAGAGUCGUUAUGGUCUGCUCUUUGAUGAUCCAAAAUGGAAGAAUCAGAUUAGUUCAUUAAAGCCACUGGGUUUGAACAUACUGUUGAACACCUGUAACCUAGAAACAGCAGACGCCUACACAAAGUUUGCUGAUCAUGUGAUGUGUGCGUCAUUCAAGAAGGAAGAUACUGUGGCCGUUGUUAACAGGAGAUGUUUGUGUGAACUCGCUAAACAGAUUGGUUUCUCUGAUCAAGUGACGGACUUGUUUGACCUUCAGAUGUCCUUGGGAAUGUACAGGCAUGCUUCGCAUCCAUUUAAGUUCUGCCAUCAUGACCGCCGUGUCAGUGUGCAUCCCGAGGCAACAAAUGACCAAUUAUUCAGAUCCAAAUCAUUCAUCCGACACAAGACACCAAUGCCUAACAUUUCAACUGUGGUGGUGAAAGAGAAGGCUUCUGGCAUGCUGCAAUUGAUGACGCAAGGCACAGCUGAUAUGUUACUUGACCUCUGUACAGACUACUGGGAUGGUAAUGACUUGGUGCCUCUCACUGACAAUGACAGGAAGAAGAUCCUGGAUUUUUACCACCGCCAAAGUAUGUCUGCAUACUGUUCUGCCUUUUCCUACUGCCCCCUUGUUGAGAAGAUUAGUCCUAAACUCAAAGAUGUGUACAUCGAACUGCCAGAGAAUGGACUUGAGAUCUACGAGUUUAGAAGUCCAACACCUACAAAGCGAUGGGACUUGGAGAAAAUGGAGGGCCACAUUCCCCGACGGCGAUGCAGCGUCGACUCGCUCCUCAACACAAAAGACCAACUUGUCACGGAUGUAGACAGCUGUUUCAGGACUCAGUGUAACCAGAUCUUCAUUGGAAUGGUCACCAUGCAGUAUCAUGCCAAACAGGACAUUGUUCAUCUGAUCGAGCAGUUGGAGACCUCAUGCAUCAGAUUUGUUCACUUUUCUAAAGAAAAUGAACUGAGAAGUCGGGUAUUUUCUGAGAAGGUCGGCCUUGAGGCUGGUUGGAACUGUCAUAUUUCAUUACUUAGCGAAGACAAUGAAGUGGCAAGUUGUAGUGACGAAGAAAAGAAUGCCGACGUUGCAUUUGAUGAGCUUCAAAUUAUAGAUGAUCUCCGUAGACGAGGGAGUGCUCCAGCGGCUCUAGACAAAGCCGGUUUGAGUCCACCACCUCAGAAGGCCGUGACGUUACCAAAAGGUUCUCGUGACUCGUUACAAGUUGUUGUUAUUGAUGAUGUAGAUCAGGGGGAAAGUUCGACGGAUAAGAUACAUAUCGAGGUUGACGGAGGAGUUGAAGAAUGCAGUGGUUCUAGUCAAGAGUUACAGAGAAUCUUAGAGGAUAAGAUAUCGAAUACGGCUGCAUCAAGUCACUUGACCGAAAAUACGGAUGACAGCAUCCCAUUUGAUGUGUUUAAUAGGGCCAAACUCCCCAAAGGCAUAGAGAACAUACGGCCCCACCUGAAGAAUGUUGAUAACGUUCCAUUGCUUGUGUCUCUCUUCACUGACUGCACACCAGAAGCCACUCAAGAGAUGAUCAAGAUCAUGCAGGAGAGUGGUGAAGUCGUCUGCGUCAUUGGCAGCCUUGGCAAUAUGCGCAAUACCCCUUUAUUUCUCCAGGCUGAUAUAAGUGUUGGUAUCCAGCCUCUGUAUCCACCACUCUGUACUAAGGACUCACCAAUAGUUGAAAUCUGGGACUACCCCUCCCCAAUGAAGAUGAGUUCAAAAUUAUCAAAUGUUCCGUGUUCAUUAAGUUUUGAACGUGAAGACGAUGUGAACUUUAUCAAAUUAAUUGCAGAGGCACGCCAUCAUUCCUUCUCUAUGAAGAACUGUUUCCAGUUUCUGCUAAGCUGCUACAUGACUUUGUCAUUUACACAACUAUUCACAAGCAUUUUCGUUCUUCCACCUAUCAUUUCUGGUCACCACAUCCUGUGGCUGGUCUGCCUAAUACUGCCGUGUCUAGCUCUGACCUUGAUAACAACGGAGGUCGACCCUCUAGUGAUGACAAUCGCUCUUGGUAAAAAUAAGGGACACUUGAAAACCCAGGUGAUCCUUGAAUACUUCCCGUACUACAUUGUACGCUUUCUCCCUUCCAUGGCCGUGGUCCUUCUUUGUUAUGGAAUGACGUUAUACAGCAUGUGCUUUAACAAAUAUGGAAACUGUCAUCUGUUUUAUGGGAAUCUUAAUCACACAAUCGCAGGCACGUGGAAUGGUUUGCAAACAGACAAUAUUGGAGGUUAUUCUAUCGCUCAAAAUUUUGCUGCCAUGCAGUUGGUCCUGUAUUUAUGUGGUAUCUCAUCGAGUUACGUUUAUCGGCAGUAUCAUUUAUGGAAAAAGCCUCCAACAGAUAACAUUCUUUGGUGCAUUGUGGUGCCUAUUUUGGUGGUACUGCAGUGUGUCUACUUUGCCAUAGAUGUCAGUAUAAUGAAUCCUCAGGGCGCCAUCCUUUACUACCUCUCCGAUGUUCCGAUAGAAAGUUGGUGUGUUGGCCUCAUCUGGGCACCCUUACUUGUUCCAGUCAACGAGCUCGCCAAGAUGAGAGAGAUCAAAUUAUGGGUGCGAUAUCAAAAACGAGCGAGAUUGGACUUUGGUACAAAACUUGGGAUGAACUCGCCGUUUUAGUCUGCAAGGCUGUCUACAUCUUUUAUCGAUACUGUGGAUCACUUGGGGGCUUAUGCUUUGAUGGUUUUAAUGAAAUGAUAGUAUGUACAGUCUUUGAAUGCACAGCUGAAUAUUUUGUAUUGUGAUAUAUAGCAGAGGAAAUUGUAUUACAUCGAGAUUAGGUUUCAGAAUAUAUGUACUGGUACUAUGUAUGCCAUAACACUCAAGAUUAUGGUACCGGUAAUCAUGUGGCAAGGCAUGACAUGAAUUCAUCUAAAAAUGCAUACAAGUAGUUCCUGGUUUACGGACGUGGUCAAUUGACUGAGCAAACAUGCUGCCACGAUGCCUGCUGACAUUGAUAGUUUCAUUGAUAGAAAAUUGAGAAUUACCUCAGACUAUUUUUGUAUAUGUACUUAUGAACAUUGUAAAAAAAUGUUUAGUAUUUUAGGAGAGCUAUGUAUGACUGUGUUACAACAGUACUAUAAAGAUGGUAAAUCUUUUGAAUGCGUCGAUGUUGUCUAAAGAUCUUGUAUUUACAUGUAUGGUAUGAGUUCGUAAUCGCACUGCUAACAUCCCAAUUUAGUUUGAAUAGUUUCGAUUUACUGUAAGAAAGGAGAGACUCCUACUUGCAACUUGGCGUAACUAAAUCUGAGCUACCUAUAGUCUCCCAUCAGGAAUAUGUUGUCGUACUCAAUUUGAUGUUUGAAAAGUGCAUUACUGAGCUGUAGUUUAUGUUGUGUUGUAAGUAUACACAAAUGCUUCGAAAUGAGUUUGGUAAGCAUCUAGAUUUGAAGUGAACCAGGAUAUAUUCUGCUGUGAUGUUUUCCCUCCUACAGUUUGCUGAUAGUGAAGUGAUAUUUUGAUAUUUCUGAUGAGAUGUAUUAUAUACACAAUGAUACAUGUAAACAGUAUUGUAAAUAAUGAAAUUUGUUCAUGAACUUUAUGUUAAAAGAGUGUCUGUACGUGUAGACUGAUCAGUAUACUAACUGAUAAAGGUUGGUGUGUUGGUGACACCGUGCUGUUCAAAUUUACUUUUAAAUACUUGCAGUAAAUAAAAAUUCAGAGAAGAGAUUUCUGCAUUUGAUAUGGCAGAAGUAUUUUCGUUGAGGAACACAACUACAUUUUCUACCAUCUUAAUCACUAAUCCUGGGAUUGAAAAUCUGAAUAUUGGAUUAAUUUGCUGUUAUAAUGCUCAAUGUUUCAUUUUAGUAAUUGUAUUGUAAAUAAAUAUAUAUUAUUUAUAUGA